UCCAAUCCAAACCAACAUUUCUGUGGGCGUUACAUGAAAGCUCAGUUCAGUUGACAUUUGGUUACCGCUGCUAGAUACCAGAAACAGUGUGCAAUUUAUUUAUCUAACAAUAAAAUUCUGUGUUCAAAAAAGUAAAAAUAAAAAAAAAUAAAAUAAAUUAAAACACCUCUUCUUAUCCAUAUUCAAUUCGAAAACCCUCUUUCUUUUCUCUCUUCAUUCAUCUCUGUAACUCGCCACUAUUUCUUCUUUAUUUUUAUUUUUUUUCAAAUCCAAAUCUGUGUUAGUUAUAAUGCCGUGUACAAUUUCCGUGACAGCUCCUUCUUACGCCGUUACUCCAUUGACAUUCAGUUGUUCCAAAUCAACUCCAAUUUGUCAUACAUCAAAUUUUCUCACUAAACAGAAUCGUAAACCGUUGUUAAGAGUCACAAAAUCAAUGAAUUCUAAUCGAGUAGUAAAAGUAAAAGCAACGGUUUCAAUAGAAAAAGAAACACCAGAAACUGAAAGACCUGAUACAUUUCUUCGUGGCAACGACGAUGGCGUUGCGUCUUCGGUUAGAUUUCGAUUUGAAAAGAUGAUAAGAGAAGCUCAAGAUAAAGUUUGUAAUGCAAUUGAAAUUGCUGAUGGUGGUGGAAAAUUUAAAGAAGAUGUUUGGUCUAGACCUGGUGGUGGUGGUGGUAUUAGUAGGGUUCUUCAAGAUGGUGCUGUUUGGGAAAAAGCUGGUGUUAAUGUUUCUGUUGUUUAUGGUCAAAUGCCUCCUGAUGCUUAUCGUGCUGCAAAAGGCGCUGCUUCUAAUGAUCAGAAGCCUGGUCCUAUUCCCUUUUUCGCAGCUGGAAUUAGCUCUGUUUUACAUCCUAAAAACCCGUUUGCCCCAACCUUGCAUUUCAAUUAUCGCUAUUUUGAAACCGAUGCUCCUAAAGAUGCUCCUGGAGCACCUAGACAAUGGUGGUUUGGUGGGGGAACUGAUUUAACCCCUGCUUACAUUUUCGAGGACGAUGUCAAGCACUUCCAUUCAGUUCAAAAAAAGGCUUGUGACAAGUUUGAUCCUACGUUUUACCCCCGAUUCAAGAAAUGGUGCGACGACUACUUUUAUAUCAAGCAUCGAGAUGAAAGGAGAGGACUUGGAGGAAUAUUUUUUGAUGAUCUAAAUGACUAUGAUCUGGAGAUGCUCCUUUCGUUCGCUACCGAAUGUGCAAACUCUGUCAUUCCCGCUUACAUACCUAUCAUAGAGAAAAGAAAGGAUUUGCCCUUUACAGAUCAUCAAAAAGCAUGGCAACAAUUGCGAAGGGGACGAUAUGUUGAAUUCAAUUUGGUAUAUGAUAGGGGUACAACAUUUGGACUAAAAACUGGAGGGAGAAUAGAGAGUAUUCUUGUUUCUCUCCCACUCACUGCUCGGUGGGAAUAUGACCAUAAACCAGAAGUAGGUAGCGAAGAAUGGAAACUCUUAGAUGCGUGCAUCAACCCGAAGGAAUGGAUCUAAUUUAUCCGUUGACCACCCAAUUUGGUAGCUUUUUCAAUAAUAAGAUAAGAUUGCAUGUAUUCUUUUUUUGAUGUAUAUCAUGUACUUGUAAGAUGAGUCGCAACUGUUUUAGCUUCUACUCGUGGAUUGUAAAUCACAUUUUUUACACUUUUCACCUAUAAAGCACGGAGUUAUGAAAA